AUAUGUUACUUAAAACUCCUAAGAGAAACUUGGUUCCUAUAAGGCUUGAUAUUGGAGAACUGGAGAAUAAAUUCAAAUUAAGAGAUACGUUUUUGUGGGACUUGAACGAAAAGGAUAUCAAUAUAGAUCAGUUUGUGGAUGUCCUAUUAGACGAUUAUAAAUUUAUUGAUAGAAGUGUCGACUCUUUCAUCGUCAAGAGCAUUAAAGAUCAGAUUGAAGACUAUAACAGAGAACCAGAUAAAGCCAUGGGAGAACUUAGAAUCCCCAUUAAGAUCAAUAUCACCGUAAACAAUACCCAGUACACCGAUCAGUUCGAAUGGGAUAUUUUGAACUUUGAAGAUAAUGAUCCAGAAGAGUUCUCAGUUGUGUUAUGUGAUGAAAUGAACUUGCCAGGAGAAUUUGCAACGGCUAUUUCCCACUCGAUCAGAGAGCAAACCCAAAUGUUCCACAAAUCUUUGAAUUUGGCUGGAUAUACAUUUGAUGGACUGCCAGUGAAUGAAGAUGAAAUUAGAAACCAUCUCCUUCCUCCCUUAAGACUUGUAUCAAACGAGGGUGGUGGAUUUGGCCCUUUAGUGGAUGACUACUUUUCGAUCCUUAGAAACCCCACCAAUGUCAAUGAUUAUACCCCAUCUCUUAUAAAGUUGACCCAAUUGGAGAUUGAGAGACUCGAUAAAGAAAUGGAGAGAGAAACCAGACACAAAAGACGACAAAACAAUGAGCUUCAGAGUCUUUCAACUGGUGGUAGAGGCACUUCUAGAAGAGCCGCUUAUGCUCCAAGAGGUGGACCUACUCUUCCUGAUUUGUCAGACAUCCCAAAGACAUUCAGAACGGCCCAACCAUCCAGUGUGUUGCCAGGAGGAGUAGAUUUGGGGGUUCCUGACAUCUUUGCGUACAAUGAAGUGAUUGUGCACAAAACCAAUAUUCCAAAUCCUGAUUAUAAGGCUCCUCAGUCCAAAAUACAUAGAGUCGUUUUCAAUCAUGAUGAGAACAACGGCCGAUUCCUUGUGAAAAUCAAGUUAGGGCCUCCACCAGGAGUAAAUCCUUAUCAAAUGGCACCAGGCCAAUAUGGUGCCAUGGGCCAUCUCAAUCAGACUAGACACCGUUAAACAGACCAAAAUUGGUACUAUUUAUAAUAAAUUACAUUCUCUUACCUCUUGAUGUAACAAUAUUUCGAGCGUGUUGGGUUUCAGCGGACUUUGCAAUCCAGGAAUUCAUACAUUUGUUGUCCCUUAUAUAGAACCUUAUUGUCUUUGUAUAAGCAUUUUCGCUCACCAUUCAAAUAAGUAAUUGAAAUAAAGGGCAAUUUCUUGUGUAAAUAAAUGUGUAGAUGAAACAUGCUAUGGUGAAAGGAAAUUGACGCUUCUUAUAGCUUUACGAAUAGCUUAACGUUGAGAGCCGCACAUGGAAAUGGACAAAACCUUAAACAAGCCAAAUAUUGGUAUUAUAGUAGUUCAAUACACCAUCAAUUGUAUUUGGAAAAGGAUCAAUUCCUCCAAUCACUGCUUUCACGACAAGCACCGUUCGAGGUGAUUUUCAUCUGCCAUUCUUCGGCCGAGAAAUCGCAUCUGCAUCUCAUUUUGGAUAUUGCCUACUAGAACGAAAUAGUUACUCAAAUGAAUCAAGUGGUCCUAACACUAGCCAAGGACAGACCCCAUAACCCUCCUUCAAUUACAUUAGGCAAUGGGGUACACAAAAUAGCAUCUGAAUAUAUUAAUGUAAUCAUAAGCGAAAAAUGACAAUAACCCCAGAAAAUAGCUGCCCCGCGACUAGCACAAUCAUAUGAAGACGAGAGUGGAAUAUAAAACACUUCUAAUUUCCCGCAAAUUGACGGGUAUCUGACCAGAAUAAAACAUGUCAGAACAACAAAAAUAUGCUUUAGUCACCGGUGCUUCAUCAGGAAUUGGCUAUGCCAUGGCCAAAGUGUUGAGUAAAAAAGGCUACAAAGUAUUUGGAUGCUCACCAAAGCUGGACUCCUUCAAAAUGAAACCAUUAGCUGAUGAGUUUGGGGUGGUUCCUUUUGACUGUGAUAUCAGUAAGUUGGAAGAUAUCAAGGCGUUAAGCAAAUCCGUUGGUAAAUUAACUGGUGGCAGAUUGGACAUUUUGUACAAUAAUGGAGGUAUUGCAACCGGAGGUGCAGGCAUCGAGAUGGAUGAGGAAGAAGUUAAUAAGGUGUUUCAAAUUAACGUCAUUGGCCAUAUCAACAUGACUAAGCACUUUGUUGAUUAUGUGAUUGAAACCCAGGGAGCAGUGGUGUUUACGUCUUCGGUGGCCAGUAUUAUCCCAUUGUCAUGGACUUCAAUAUAUUGUGCUACUAAGGCAGCAAUCAACCUGUAUGCCCGUGUUUUACACGCCGAACUCAAACCUUUUGAUGUCAAGGUCUAUUCAGUGAUCACCGGUGGGGUGGAUACUCCUAUUGCCGAUCACUUUGAUUUGACUCAGGUUGAAAACUCUAGAUAUAAUGUGGAGGGAGGCUAUGAAAGUGUGGUGAAAGCUAAGGGAAUGUCAAGAAAUAAGUGGACCACCGAGGACCCCGAGGUGUAUGCCGAAGGAGUGGCCCGGAAGGUCAUUGGCAGAAGUAACUCGUUCAAUCUUUACAAGGGAGGAAUGGCUUACACGUUGUACUUGUUAACGAUAUGGGCUCCAUUAUGGCUUAUGCAAUGGUUUAUUUCUUUCCAUUUCAAACAGAAUAAGGUGUUCCGGAACUUGAAGAAGGCCAACAAGGAGAAGAUCAAGAGGAAGUUAACUCUGAAAAAGACCGCAUAAGUAUGUUUAGGUAUAGAAUGAAUGAGAUUUGAGGUUCAG